CACAGACAUCCAGCCACAAUACAAAGAAGGUGCGCAUUGCAAAAAAGGGCCAGCCAUAACGCGACACGAAAAGACAAAAGAAAAACGCAAAAUCUUGUAAAAAACAGUGUUUAUUUUAUUGAAUUUGUUGAAGAAAGUUGUAAAUAAACACAAAAACAAUGGCAUCACGUAAUGAGUCACGAAUCUAUGUUGGAAAUUUACCACCAGAUAUUCGCACCAAAGAUAUCCAGGAUUUGUUUCAUAAAUUUGGCAAGGUUACGUUUGUCGAUUUGAAGAACCGGCGUGGUCCGCCAUUUGCAUUUGUCGAAUUUGAAGAUGCACGCGAUGCCGAUGACGCUGUUAAGGCCAGAGACGGCUACGACUAUGAUGGCUAUAGACUGCGUGUGGAAUUUCCCAGAGGUGGUGGACCUGGCAGUUAUCGUGGUAACCGCAAUGAAGGCGGUGGAGGAGGACGUGGUCGUGAUGGUGGUGGCCGCAGUGGUCGAGGACCACCAACCAAACGUUCCCAGUAUCGUGUUCAAGUCACAGGCUUACCUGCUUCAGGUUCAUGGCAAGAUUUGAAGGAUCACAUGCGUGAAGCAGGCGACGUCUGCUUUGCCGAUGCCUAUAAAGAUGGCACUGGUGUUGUUGAGUUUCUACGUUUGGAAGAUAUGAAAUAUGCCAUCAAGAAAUUGGAUGAUUCAAGAUUUAGAUCACAUGAAGGUGAGGUAUCCUAUAUUCGGGUACGUGAAGACACUGGCGAUAAUGACCGUGGUGGUGGCCGCGGAGGUGGUGGAGAUUUUGGACGUGGCAGGUCUCGCUCAUUCUCACCUCGCCCCAGAAGACGUGGUACUCCAACCUACUCACCAGUAAGACGGCAAACAUUCUCAAGGUCACGAUCUCGUUCAAACUUUUAAUUUUAUCUAUUCCGAAAAACAAACAAACAAAUGCUAAGAAAAUGAAACUCAAACCCACACUAAGAUAUAUAUUCAAACACCCGCAAAAAGUCGAUUUUCUAGCAAGAAGUCCCAAUUAAAUAAGUAUUUUUGAGAGAGUCAAACAAGAAAGUCCACAACAAGUACGAAAUAUGAAUUAGAAACUUUAUAGCAAAAAGUUUUCAAGACGACGUUUUCUCAUGGCAAAACUAAAAGAAAAACAAAGCUUAAGAUACAAAACAUAAAAACGAAAACCGCAACGCUUUUCUUUGUAAAUCCCAAUUCCAGCAACUCAGAAAUUGAAAGAAACAAGUAUGCUCAUGAUCACAACAUACACCACGAACAAAAACGGUUUCCUACUUUUUUACAAAUGUAUUUUUUCCUUGUUUUAAACAUUAUUUUAUUUUGGCCUCCUACUUUUUUAUGUAGAUUUUUUUUGGUUAUUUAUGUAAUAAGUACAAAAGAUAUAGAGGAAACAUUAUUUGUAUAUCGAUUGCUAUAAGUUAAGGGAGAAAAAUCAGGGCUUAAAUAGUUUUAUAGUGCAGUACGAGAGAUUAACAAUUCAGAGUUCAUAAUGUGAAAUAUGAAUAUCGAAACUUAAAUCUUUGGAGAUUAUUCUUUAAUUUCAUUUACAUUCCUUGAUUUUAAUCCUUUUAACUAAUAUUUUUAUUUGUUGUUUUUAAAGGUCUCCUCUACUAACAAACUACUUCACCGAACACUUAUUGAUAUAGUAGAUACAAACAAACAUAUGAUCCAAAUAUAUAAAAUGAAAUUUUAAAAUUCUGCGAAUAUAAAUCAAUUUGAAAUGCCAUGAACUUCAAGUGGAGAAAACGAAAACGUCAAGAUAUAGUUUCACAUAGAUAAGGCGGCGAGGCAGUAGCAUUUAAAUUUCCAAUUCCCAUCCUUUCCUCUUAUUAAAGAGAACGAUCUAUCCAAGAUGCUUCUAAUGUACACCUUCAAGAAAUAUGACAACUAUUAUCUGUCAGUCUGAAACCCAACAUUUGCAAUAUAAGUAAUAUCGUAGGAUAUUUUGAUUCAAAUUUCACAGGAACCAUCAUUUGAAAAUAGCUCUUGUUCCCAAUAUUUAUAAUGAUAUCCUUGCUAAAGCUUGAUGUUAAAUGUUUUCAAUGUAAUCCCCCGUUCUUUGUAAUUCCAUACACCUAAUAUCCCCUUGUAAUAGAUUUUAUAGACAUCCCCUUUCAUCAACAACUACUUGUUUUAGAAAAUAUUUUUCACAACAUUUUUAUUAAUACAAUUUUUUUCUUAAUUUUUCUUCUCUUUCCUCUUCAAAACGGAAUGGAUUUGGAUUGGAGGGAAGGAGUAUAAAAAAAUGGAGGAGGGUUUAAAAAGGAAAGGAAAAGGAUUUUUGGUAAAAAAAAAAAUAAUUAAAGGAAUGGAUUAAAAGGAAAGGAGGAAGAAGGACAGGACAUAAAGGAUUGGAAUGUAAAGGAGAAGAAGGAUAAUGGAAGGAAAAUACUUCGGCUUUGGAGAUGGACUUCUUACUCUUCUUAGCAUUACAGGAUACAAGGAUUCAUUUGAAACAUUUCAUGGAUUUAUUUUUGUAAAAUUGCAAAACAAGCACCAUUUAUUUGUAUGGUUCUUUGGAAUUUUACACACUUCAAAAAUUACAAUACGAUAUCACAUUAGGAUUUUCCUAUGAGCACACUCUUCUUCACAUUCGCUAAAUUUGCUUUAGGACAACGAGGGAGGAUUUGUCAUGGAUUGUUGGUAAUUAUUUUUUUAUUAAAUGCUGUUUGCAAAUAUGGUCUGGCAAUGCUACGCUCACAAGGAUUGUUCAGUAACGACCAGUCUGCAAGUGGCUGUCCAUUUGUACAAUUUUCUUCACCUCUUCUGGAUCAAACAACUUGUUCCCUGCACAUUUUUUCUCACACACACACGAGACCAUCAUGAUAUGUGGUCUUGUCGUUGGUUUGUGGAAAAAGUCCUGGAUAUAUUUGGUAUUUUUGGACAAGCAAAUACUUUACAUUUGUUUUCCGCCCGUCGUCGUACCCAUCCACGCAUCUGCUGCGCCCAUUUGUAAAACCCGCCAUAAGACAGUCACACUCUGCUUCUUGUUCUUCUACGCUAAACAAACAGACAGAUUCUAGGACCACAUAAAUAAUAAAACGAACCUCUCAUGUCGGAUUCCUAAGUCGGUAUGUUUUUCUUACAAAAAAAAAUAAUUUUCAUUUUCCAUUCAGCA